AUGUGUGCCGCGGCUCUCUAUGUCUUGAAAGUGAAAAACAUCGUUUACGGCUGUCAAAAUGAUAGGUUUGGUGGCUCAACGGUACUUGACGUAGCCGCGGUGCUGCGACCAGUGACGAUCAUGAAAGGGGGGUACAAGGGCGAGGAGGCUAUGGGUUUGCUGAAGGAGUUCUACAAAGGAACUAAUCCCAGUGCGCCACCGUCAAAGGUUAAAGUGAAGCACAACUGA